AUGGCCAACAACCAACAGACGCAACAACCAUGCCAGCCAAACCACUCCGGCCCCGGUAGCGCGUUCACCUUCUCCCCCAUCCAGGCCAUACGCGCAGUGCCCCAUCUGUGGGACCGCAAGCCCUCCACCCCCUUGGCCGGGCCCAAGAAGACACGCAAGUUGUGGAAGCGCUUUCGCUCGACGUUCACCAGCAUGACAACCCUCGGCGCGGCCGAAGACAAUCAAACACAGACAACAACCGACGCGAGCUAUCCGCGUGGCGUGAAGCGCUUAUGUCUUGGUCCGGAUGGCGCGGGGGAUGACACCGAUAGUGCGAUUGAAAAGCGUGGGAGGUCGUUUCUAGAAACGAAAUGGGAGUCGGAGGGGAUGCGGAAGAGACGUAAACUCCCAGAUGGACCGCUUGCUAUACACGAGGACCAUGCACCUCAGCCGGACCUCAAUGAUGUGGGUGGUGCCGAUAUUAACAAGGGCCUCCGCGAGGUCCAGGUUGGAGCGGCUAUGAACGCCUCACCUCGACCCUUCAGCAUUCUGGAUGGAUUUCCGAAACAUUCGAUAUACGAUAAGGCCAUGGAUGCUGAGAAUCUGGGUCCGAUAGUCUUUGAGACAAACACCACGGAAGACCUACAAUCUGGACCAUGUGAUACAGAGCAGCACACGCCGACCGGAAAUUCACGAGCAAACGAAACUACAGCCGUGCAGGACUUGACGCAAGAACAGGAAGGCACUCUCGUGCGUUCUGCACUGCGGAGCAGUCUCGACGGGGAGGAUGCAGAGCUACUCAACGACUUCCUGUCCAGAGCCAAGGCCAAGCGGGCGGCGAAGGCGGCAUUGAUGAAUACUCACGGCAUGGGGGUCGUUGACAAGUCGUCAAGCUCAGAUGAGUCUCCCGAAGCGGAAUUCUCGACACCGCGCUCGCGCCGCGCAUUAGAGAUGUUGGACUCCAAUUCACCCUCUCCGAUCAAAACGCAACCUUCACCCAACAAAGAUGAUUCUCCUCCAUAUGCUGUGGAGACACAAGAGGUCCAAGAAGAAGCCCCGGUUAACGAGGAGUCAGCUCCUGCCAGCCCUGUACCCCGGCGAAGCACACGCGCAAAGACCCCGGCUGGGAAGGGCCCUACCGCGCGCAACACUAUCGCUCUGCGCCGGGCCAAGGGAACCGAGUUUGUAUUUCUGCAGCGGACUGAGGCACAGGAGCUGGCCUUGGCUACAAAGCGGAAUACUCGACACAACAAGGGUAGCUCUGUGAUGCCCAAGUACGCGCUUGAGGCCCUCGCCCAGCAACAGCAGAACGAUGAGACAGACGGCAACAAUUCUUCUUCUAGCCGCUCAGACCGCAAAGGUGCUCGCAGCCAGCUUCCGGCUAAGCCUCGUAAGAACGUUACAUGGAAUGAUGAGCGACUGGCCGAGUAUGAAGAUGCUCCUGUAGACGAUGCCGAGGAAGAAGAGGAGGGUUACAAUUCCAAGCCUGACGUCGACGGUGCAUCUCGACUGCGUUCGGGCACGAAACGGUCCGACAAACGUGCAGCGUCUACUGCAGGGCGCCGCAAUCGCAGCCAGACUCAGCAAAAUGCAGAGUUCGGUGAAGGUUCUGACAGCGUUCCCACCACGCCGCCUGCUGCUGCUAGCACAACCCCACGGUCACGACGCGUGCGACGCCUAGAUUCGGGCUCGAUGGGAUCCGGCACCCCAGUGAAGACUGGCAAUCGCAGCACGACCAGCACAAGCAAGCUUCCCACCAACACCACCACCUCCUCCUCCUCCUCCUCCACCUCGACUGCUGCUGCUUCGGGGUCCCCGUCCACACCAACCAAAGGCCGCCGCAAGCUCAUGCCCAAGUCCCCGCGCUCGUCUCUGCUUCCCGCUCCGCCUUCCAAGAGUAUCAGCAGCAUCACUACUACCUCGGAGCAUUCAUUUGUCAGUGGCAUCCCACGCAGCACCAGCACCAAGAGCUCCGCGCCCGCUGCUCCGGCCGAGGGUACGAAGCGCCAGAUCAGCGCGGGAUCGACUCCCAUGCCUCGCCGGGUGCGAGCGAGGCCGUGA